AACCACUUUCAAUCCACACGAAACUCACGCUUUAUAUUCAUAUUUCAUCUCACUCUUUCAUCCCUUUAGCUUUUGUUCACAGUCGCAGCCCCUCCGCAUCUAAUUUUCUAGGGUUUGCGAUCUGUCUCACUCUUCAGCCUCAACAUGGUUCUCCAAAACGACAUUGAUCUGCUGAAUCCACCUGCGGAACUCGAGAAGAGGAAGCACAAACUCAAGCGAUUGGUUCAAUCCCCUAAUUCAUUCUUCAUGGAUGUCAAAUGCCAAGGCUGCUUCAACAUAACUACUGUGUUUAGUCACUCUCAAACAGUUGUGGUUUGCGGCAACUGCCAAACAGUUUUGUGCCAACCAACAGGUGGCAAAGCAAGACUCACAGAGGGGUGCUCCUUCAGGAAGAAGGGAGAUUAGUUAUGAAGAUGAUAAAGCUCUUUAGUCUUUUUGAGAGGUUGUUUACUAUUAUUGAUUAAGAAAUUUUGGUGUUAUUGAAUUUUAUGAUGUCUUUAUUUAUUUAGUCUGUGUUUAGAUUGCUCAACGCAAUUGGUUGUUUUGUGUCAUUGUGCGUGUUCUCUAUGUUGAGAAGAUUUUUUCAGUUAAUUUUGUUGGUUUGACAUGGUUAGCCGAUAUUAUCUCAUUUGUUUGAUAAGUAAUUUUGUUCCUGUUA